AUGAAACAAAUCAUUAGUAUUGUGUUAUUCAUUUUGAUCGAGGCAGCAUCAUCUGCGAAUAAUCAAGUUAAAUCACAAGACGAUGCUUUAACAUUUUUUAAUAAAUAUGGUUAUAAUCCCUGUUUUAAUUCUACUGUUCAAUGCAGUAUAAGUUUUUCAAGUAUGAUAAAAGAGUAUCAAACCAAAUUUCGUCUAAAACAAACUGGAUCAUUGGAUGAAGCAACUAAAAAGCAAAUGAGUCGAUCACGUUGUGGUAAUCAUGAUAAAGGAAAAUCUGAAUUAAGAAUUAUGGCUCAAUUAACUAGCAAAUGGUCACGUUCAUCAUUAACAUAUUCCAUAGCUAGUUAUCCAACACAAAUAAGUAAAUCAAAUACAAAUGAUAUUAUACGUGAUGCAUUCAAGGCUUGGACUGAUCAUAUUCCAUUAAACAUUGAGCCAGUAUGUUCAGAUUGUGAAGCAGAUUUUGUUCUGGAAUUUGGAGAAGUAGGACAUGGAGAUGAUUAUCCAUUCGAUGGAUUUGGUGGAACAUUAGCACAUGCUUUUUUUCCUGAAAAUGGUGGUGUACAUUUCGAUACAGCAGAACCAUGGACAGAAAGUUUUGAUGAUACCAAUAUAAAUUUAUAUAUAGUCGCUGUACAUGAAAUUGGUCAUGCACUUGGUUUAGAUCAUAAAUACGAUGAACAAUCUAUUAUGUAUCCAUCCUAUAAACUAAUGCAAAAGUCAAGUAUUCUUCCACAAGUUGAUCGUACUGAUAUUCAAAAAUUAUAUGGUAAAAAGGACUCUACUGUUACAUCAAGAACUCCAAGAACAACUUGGCCUACAAGAACAACUUCAACUACAAAAACAACUUCAACUACAAAAACAACUUCAACUGCAAGAUAUACAGUUCCAAAUUCUAGUGGAAAUUCACAUCCUCGCUGUCGUCGUUUUCUUGAUGCUGCUUUCAAACAUCCUGAUGGUACAUUACAUGCUUUCGAUGCUGGUGUACUCUGGCGUUAUUUAACAGACGAAAAACGAUGGGACAAUCAAGCAAAAACAUACACAGGAAUAUAUCCAAAUUUACCAAAUAAAUUAGCAGCUGGUGUAUUUAAUACUGGAGCAAAACAAAUUGUUUUCUUUACAGAUAAAAAUGCCCUUAUGUACGAGAUCGGUAGUGACGAUCUUGUAAAAUAUAAAACAAAAACUGAUCUACCAAGAAAUGUAUAUAAUUCAAUCGUCGGUGCAAUAUAUUAUAAAAACGAAAUUUAUGUUAUUACACCACAUACGAUCCGUUCAUUUCAAACAGAUAAACGUGGUCGAGUAUCUAAGGAACAGGAUAUUAGUGUAAAAUUUCCUGGUUUUACUGGCUCGGUUAAAACAGCAUUUAGUUAUGGAAAUUCACAUUAUUUUUUUUCGGACACUCAUCUUGUUUAUAUAUGGAGUGAGCAAAUAAAUGAUUGGGAAACAUUUGGUAAACCAAUGGAAACAAGUUGGUUUGCUUGCUCAGGUACUGAAACGUAUGAUACUGGCAGAACUCAAGAAAGACAACCUAUUCGAAAGCAUAAACACCGACGUCCUCACCCUGAUCAUCAUGAUCACCACCAUCAUCAUCACUAUGAUCAUCAUGAUCAUCACCGCGAUAUUCAUUAUUAA